UGUUCUUUCCUCAGUCAUUACGGCCACGUAUCCAGACCAUAAAGGCCCACGUUCGCUUUAAAUUUACGAGUUCCUCCUUGUCUCUCUUUUUUCUUUUCCUUUCCUUUUUUCCAGUUCGCUUGGAGCACAGGUAAAGCCAGAUGCCCGUUUAAAGUCUAACCGUCACUAAAUCUUAACGUACAACGUUCGUCGUGUGGUUAACUCAUGCUUUGCUCUACGAGUGUGUCCGGUUAACCGCUUCUUUUAUCACUGAAGUAAAUAAUCAAACUUCCGAUUUUGGCCCCCGUUUAUGAUCGGAAAGAUGAAUCAGUUGUUGUUGGCAAGGUCGGUGAUGAGGCGAUUGGUUUAUGGCAGUACCUGUAACCGUUGCAUAGCGUCACAACUGUCAUCACCGCCGUUGGUAGUGUGGAGGGAAGUUCAUAAGCCGAGUAGUGAGUCAGUUGUGAUGAUGAGUGAUCAACGGCUGAUAUUCUCUGGUCAAUGGUGGAGGAUGAUGAGCUCCACUAGUGAACCGCCAACCAAGAAUUCGAAGUCCACUGUAGUGAGGAAGGAGGACGAUAAGGACAAGAAAACGAGUGGUGAUUCUGUAGAGAAGAUGGAAAGGGAAGAUGAAGUAGCUGUUUCCAGUUAUUGGGGUGUAUCGAGGCCAAAGAUUACAAAAGAAGAUGGCUCUGUGUGGCCUUGGAACUGCUUCAUGCCCUGGGAGACAUAUCAGGCUGACUUGUCUAUUGAUCUAAGCAAGCACCAUGUGCCCAAGACAUUCCUUGACAAGGUUGCUUAUUGGACAGUGAAACUUCUCAGGAUUCCAACCGAUUUGUUUUUUAAGGAAAAAUACGGUUGCCGUGCAAUGAUGUUGGAAACAGUGGCAGGUGUGCCUGGAAUGGUGGGAGGUAUGCUAUUACAUCUGAGGUCAUUGCGCAAGUUUGAGCAAAGUGGUGGCUGGAUAAAAGCAUUACUAGAAGAAGCUGAGAAUGAGAGGAUGCAUCUGAUGACUAUGGUGGAGCUAGUACAACCUAAAUGGUACGAGAGGUUGUUAGUUAUUGCUGUGCAGGGAGUGUUUUUCAAUUUUUACUUCGUGCUGUACUUGCUGUCCCCCAAACUUGCACACAGAAUUGUUGGGUAUCUGGAAGAGGAGGCUAUACACUCAUAUACUUUGUAUCUUAAUGAUAUUGGUCGCGGUAAAAUUGAAAAUGUUCCAGCUCCUGCCAUUGCAAUUGACUACUGGAGACUGCCUAAGGAUGCAACUCUAAAGGAUGUUAUUACUGUCAUCCGUGCUGAUGAAGCUCAUCAUAGAGACGUUAACCAUUUCGCAUCUGAUAUCCAUUAUCAAGGAAAGAAAUUGCAGGAGUCAGCUGCUCCUGUUGGUUACCAUUAAAAUCUACAUACUGUUCUACUUCACAAAGUUUAUAUAUAUAUAUAUAUAUAUAUAUAUAUUGUAGACAUGGUCCAGCAAAACAAGGUUAGGUGGGGUAUUUCUGAUUAGUGAUGAAAUCCCCAAGUAGUAGCAGAGGUAUGGAUUAAACUACUGUACUAUC